AAUUCAAUAGUUGUGGUUACAACCACAAGAAGAAGAAGAAGAAGCCUCUCGGCAGAGGUGGCGUGGAUGUUUUGCCGUUUUCUACUAAAUUGCAGUUCAGUUACUUUUCAUAACGCCUAUAGGUGACAAGAAAAAAGAGUAUAAAGUGGUAGGCAUACAUCAUGCCUAUAAUAGCCAAACGAUGUGGGAUUAAGUUUGAUCCACCUUCAGUCAUCCUCAUAUAUGAAAAUGAACAUACAGACAAGCUGCGUAAAAGAGUAAUGCCAGUGAGGAACUUUUCAGAAUACUCAGACUGCAGCAGGGCUGCAGAGAGACUGAAGCAUCAUCCCCAUCACGCACAUUACCUGGACUCAGUGUCACUGGAGCAGCUGGUGAGGUUAUACACGGUGCUCCGGGAUCACCUGCGAGGUCUCAGUGUGGAGGAGAGUCUGCAAGAACAGCGUCACUCUCACACCCAUCAGGACGAUCUCAACAAACUCAGUGACGAAGAGCUGAAACGCCGCAAAGCGCAAAUGGACGUGCUGUUCGAGCUAAACCGGCGCCGCAAAGACGACCCAGACUUUGUGUACGACCUUGAGGUGGAGUUUCCUGAAAACAGCAGCCGGGAACCCUGCAGCUGGGACCAAUCAGAUGAAGAGUUUUGAAGAGCAGGACUGAGUUCCUCCAUUCUAGGACACAUGCAUGACCAGAGGUUGUUUAAUGAACAAAACGACAUAGCAGGACAGCUGAUCCGAGACCUGACCCCUCCUCUGAAACACUACUGAGAACACAGGCCUUGGUCAUGGUGCUCAAGGGAACAAAUUCUGGUUAAAAGAAAAAGUGCAUCAAAGCUGGUGGAGGAAAAGUCCGAUUCUGCCAAAACAGCAGCCGUUAGUACACACGUAACACAGAUGAGCUGUUGUUCAUCCGGAUGGAGUUACAGAAGUAGUCACGUCAUAAACACUUUUUUCCUCUAAAGAUACGACAUCCAGCAGGACAGCUGCACAUGGCAUCUUUAACAUUUACGUUCAAAAUAAAAUCCUCAUAACUUAAAUUCUUGCCGUGAAUGUUUUUUUGAGGCAUUAACAACAUUUCAGCAUGUAAAUAUUAAAAAUGAAGUUGCAAGAACAAUGAUUUUGGUGCUUUGACUUCAUUUAGCAAGAAAUCCUAUGUUGCUAAUUCAGUAGAAGUGUGUAUAUAUACACAUGUAAGCUUACACUUUCCAUAGAAAAUAAAAAUAAAAUAGAUACCAGAUUACUUGCAGUACAAUAUUCAACUUUUUUUUGAAAUAACAAAACAGACACAUUUCAAGUACAUUAAAAAAUAAAGGUUUUGUUUCAUUGUGACCCUCUCUUCCUUUAUCAUAGUCAUAUAGAAAGUGAUAUAUUUAUACUGUACAUAGUAUCCUAUUUUACCACAUAGACAAAAUACAUAUAUAUGCAUACAGUUAUGUAUAAAAGUCAUAGAGUUAGAAAUCUUAUUUUUUCUUCCGAUCCUGGGUGCACCGCGGACAAAACCUAGGGAAUGAAAAAAUUUUCAUUUUAAUGUAUACUUUAAAUGUUAAAUCUGUGAUGUAUUUAAAUCCUUCUUGGCACUUCAUCAGAUGUUUGACAUACCAUUUUCCUUUGGGCUUUGUUGUGAGAUCCACACAUGCAAAGUGAAACCAUUCGAUUGGACACUGUUAAAAAAAAGUAUUAAAAAAGGUUGAGUAAACUGUGUUUGACAAAUAAAUACUGAUUGUAGCCUACUGCUAACUAAGUAAUAAAACACCUGGGGCGUUCCAACAUAGGAAAUUAAUCAAAGAUGUGGUGGUGUGAUGUGGCCCAAUGCAAAGCAGUGUUACUCUUACCACCUAAAAGUUGGUUAUUUUCCUAUAACAACAUGUCCCAACAUUUUCCUAUUAGACUACAGCAAUUUGCCAAUGAUUACAAUUUUUAAUUUAUUAAUGAACAACACAUCAUGCAUUUCAUCCAUUUAUAGUUACGUUUAAUGUUGUGGAAUGUUUAUGAGACAUGUUAGCUGCUGUUCUCACCCUCAUCAGAGUCUCUUUUUGAAGUUAAAAAAUGCAUCUUAUAAAGUUACUGUGAAACCGCACAUUGUAAACUCCUCCGUCCUGAAGGUUUUCCAAUGUCAGAAAACUUCCAUAAAUGUUGAAUAAACGUCUCCUUACAGAAAACUUCGCCAUAUCAACAAGUAUACAUUUUUCGGUGUUAAAUAACAGCAUAUUUUUAUUCGUUUAUUAUUAGCUUUAGAUUAUGUAGAUUGUCUAUGAAUGAGUUGUUACUGGAGAAACAAUAACGUACAAGAAAGAGUGCAUUAAAACUGUAUAAACCUAUCGUUUGAAUUACAGCGGAUUUGAGAUGCUGUUAUAGAAAGUCAAUCAACUUCUGUCCAAUCAGAAUCACAAAUUCAACAGUGGUAUAAAUAGCAUUUGUGUUCAUGGUAAUGUUAUCCUGAAUCUGUGAAAAAUAUUACUUUUACCUUGAAAGCUAGGGGCUGUGUCUUAUACAGACAUGCAGAUCUAAGUCUUAAAUGAAAAGUAGCAGGUUUCUAAACUUCUUUAAAAUAAUUUAAAAAAACAGGAGAACAAUAAAAAAUAAAUGAAUGUUAAAUAAUACUAAUAAAUGAGGCGUACAUCAGGGUUGUCACAUCCAAUCAUUUCUCCAUAUGACACCUGAUGGCACAAACAGUAUGUGGGCUCAUUGGGGUCCACUGGCAUGUCCAGGACAUCUGAUGGGUGCACCGGCAGCAGGGACUCCUGGAAAUCAGGACUAGAAAAAUACAGAAUGGAAAAAAGGGAACCGUAAGACUCUGUAACUAUACUGUAAUUAUACUGGUGAACUAACAAAAGGCUUAUUAAUGCUGACAGAAAAACAAUGAAUGAAUAAAUUCUUAAACCUG